UCUCUUAAUCAGCCGCAGCCUGGAGCUCCUGUCCAACAGAGGUGGCUUUAUCCCUGCUCACACGAAACAGUGAAGCAUAGGACGAGACAGUCUCUCUGUACUAGAACAGAGAGCAUCAGGUUUGCAUGCUUAGUUUUUAAAGAAGUGAGUGACAUGUGGUUUGUGGUUUGCCUUUUGAUAGAGAGUCUGGAAAGUUUCAUUUUCCGCAACGUCACAGCAUCGCAUGAGGGGAGAAGUGUCUGACGUCUUUUGUAAGUUUGUAGAAUGUAAUUAGAGUCGGGCUUAACGAGGAGUGAAGAGUUACAACAGGGUCUGUAGAACGGUAACGGCAUCAGGCCCAUGCUGGUUGGUUUGGUGGAGAGGAAGAUUAUGUGCUAAUGAACUGAUGAACAGAAGAAUAUGCGUUGUUCCUUCCUGGCUGGUCAGCUGAGCACUGACGUGUGAGCACAUACAGAACAUGCUGUGAAGCAUCAGCGCUUCCUCUGAAGUCUAUAUUUACGCACAUGAGAAAUACUGUACUUCUGCCUCACUGUAAAUAAAUAAGACAUUGAACAAGAACGAAACUGUAGAACUUCAGUCUUCAAGGCCUUGCCGGGGUCUUCGUGUUGGAAUCUACGGAGCUCUUAGUGGAUGGAACUGCAGCCAACAGCUUUGCAAAGAUGGUCAACCAGACUACAACAACCCCCACUGACAAUUGUGUUGUCAAUGACAAAAUGAUGUACUUUCCUCCAUUCUACAUCAUAAUCUUCCUAAUAGGCCUAAUUGGCAGCCUGGUGGCAGCCUGGGCCUUCAUGUAUAGUAAGAACCUGAAGAAGUGCAUGAAUGUUUACCUCCUCAACCUUCUCACCUCCGACUUCCUGCUCACACUGGCUCUACCAGUCAAGAUUGCCAAAGACCUGGGGGUGAAUUCUCAGAGAUUCACCAUUUUCCAUUGCCAAGUCAGCUCACCCCUCAUCUACAUCAACAUGUACGCCUCCAUUAUAUUCCUAGCCUUUGUCAGCGUCCAUCGUUACCUUCAGAUCACCCACAGCUCCAAGCUGUUCCGUCUGCAGGAGGUGGGCUUCGCUGCAGUGAUGUCGGCUGUGGUUUGGCUGCUGGUGCUCUUCAUCAACGUGCCCAAUAUGGCCAUUCCGAUCAAGGAUAAGAUUCCAGACACUCCUAAUCUAACCUGCGCUAAUUUAAAGGGGCAGAUUGGACAGCACUGGCACACACUGUCGGCCUUCUUAGGCAUGGCGAUCUUCCUGAACGCCACGGUGGCUGUGCUCCUGUCUAACGGUCUGGUGCUGAAGCAGUUAUGGGGCAGACGUAGAGGAGACGCCAAGGAGCAGGCCAGUGCGCACAAAGCCACUGUCAACAUAGCUAUGGUAACUGUGGCCUACAUGGUGUGCUUUGUGCCGUAUCAUGCAGUGCGAAUGCCAUACACUUUUACCCAGAAUAAGGUGAUCACUGACUGCGUUCUUCGCAAGCACCUUUUCCUAGCCAAGGAGUCCACUCUGCUUCUGGCCAUCCUCAGCCUGUGCUUCGACCCGGUGCUCUACUUUUUUUUCUCACGUUCGUUCAGAAACCAGAUCACUCAGGUUUUCUCCAAAAGGUCCAUACCAGACACAAACGUCACAUCUGACCCAGAUCAUGAACUACAGCUGCAGCCUGUGGCCUGAACAUGCAGCAGAGAGCUUGACACACAGUCUAGCAUAUCUACACAGGAAGCCACAUGUCUCAUAUAUUCUUGGUACUGUGUUUUAUGAUGUGGUGGGCUGAUGUCAUUCAAGCAUCACACUGUCUGGAUCAAAGAGAACAUUCAUGAUCAAGAGAUAUAAAAAGAGUCAAAGAGACAACCAUGCAGUAUUGUGCAACCUGAAUGUUUCUUUCCAAGCUUCAGGGAUAGUUAAACAAGAAUGAAGACAAUGAAGUGUAUUUACCUUUAUCAUGCACUGGAAAUGAUAACCCCCCCCCCC